GACAACCUUCUGCUGUACCACCACGCAAGGCUCAUGGCGGAGAAGGGGCGGGGCUCCGAGAGAGAGUACCUGGUGGGCCUCAUGUUCUCCAAGUUCGACACCAACAACAACGGCGCCCUCGACAGGGACGAACUCGUGCAGGUCUCGCAGGCCGAGGAGGUGAGUCGCCUGGCCGAGGAGUGCUCGCUCGUCGACAUGCUCCGCUACGACGACCCCAACGACGACGGCCACCUAAGCCUCAACGAGUUCUAUACGGCCUUCAGUAAGUUGUACAGUGUGUCCGUAGUGUCCCUAGAUAAGGCGCUGGAGGUGAACCACGUGUCCGCCAGGGUGGGGGACAACCUCGAGAUCAAGUGUGACGUCACAGGCACGCCAACGCCACCUAUUGUCUGGAGAAGAAAUGGCCUCGACCUGGCCGCCCUCAAUUCAGAGGAUAUCCGCGUGUUCGUCGACGGCUCGCUGUACCUGACCCGCCUGCAGCUCGUCCACGCAGGCAACUACACGUGUCAUGCGGACAGGAACAAGGAUGUCGUGCAGACCCAUAUCCUCACCGUACACACCGUCCCCACAGUGCAGGUCACCCCCCACAUCCAGAGUUUACGCCCGGGGGAGGAAGCCAUCAUGAACUGCCGGGCCACUGGAGAACCCUUCCCAAAGCAGGUGGAGUGGCUCAAGAACGAUGAGCCGCUGCGAGUCGACAUCCCGCACAAGUACGAGGUGGUCGGCAACGGCACGCAGCUCCGGGUACGCAACAUCGGCUACGCGGACACGGGGGCCUACAUGUGCCAGGCGACCAGCGUCGGGGGCAUGGCCAGGGACAUCAGCUCGCUCGUCGUGCAGGAGAACCCGGCGCCCACCGGAGAGCAGCAGGAGACCCGCGUGUUCGUCUUCCACGACUGGGGCAUCGCCGUCUACGAACCGGACGAGUGCCGCCUCUUCCACGUGAUCCAGGGCACUGACGUCAUCCCCGGCACUCAGGAGUACGUCUGCGGAGACAAAGGCACCAACUGCUCGUGGGGGCGCGCGAUCAACGUGGCGAGAGAUACAUCUAGUCACGGCAGCCAGGAGAGACAGGGGCUCGUCGUGUCGGUCCAGCAGAUGGUUGUAGUUGAUGUCAUUGUUACAGACCAGUAUCCUGUCGACUUGUCCUACGUCCCCAACCUCGACCAGGUCUGGGUCCUUAACUGGCGUUCGACCAAAGAUGAGGGAGUGAAAACCAUACAGGUUAUUCGGGACGCAUCACAGAAGAAGAAGCACCACACUGUUCACCCGGAGCCAAUCGAUGGACAUUUCGACCUCGUAAAGGACCUUUUCGUCCCACCAACACAGGACCUCGGCCACGACUUCCGCUACGCCUACGUCACCCACACCAACCAGCGGGGUCUGUACAAGCUCGACCUCGCCAACAUGAAGUACGUGAAGACCGUCGACCUCACUCCGUACAACUGCGUCCCUCAGCACCUCGUAUUCUCGUCGCUCCACGGCCUGGUGGUGAUGGACUGCCAGGAGCCCGUGACCGGCCGGCGCACAGGUCAGCUGGUCCUGGACUACCUCACCGACGCCGUUCUCAGCCACAAGACCAACCUCAUGGGUCGUCCUCAUGUCGUCCCCGAUUCCUCGCUGGUCGUCACGGUCGAUACGCUCUACCAUGUGAAGAUUGUGGUUCAGAAAGUGACAGAUCACGGACUGGAGUAUGUCUAUGACGUCAUCACCACUCUGAACGUGAGUGACGUGACCUUCUUCCCUUCACGCCUGACACACAGCUAUGACCUGUAUGCUGCGUCAACAGACAAGGAUGACAUUUUCUUCCUCGAACUGCACACAGGCAAAGUGGAGAUGAUCACGGGCGUGGGCAAGGCGAUGCCGCCCGAGCUAGCCGAGUGGAGCAACACCAACCGCGCAAUCGUCUCCGCCGGCGUCUUCGGCCACUACAUGGUCUCCCCUUCAGAAGCCGCCAUCUUCGUGAUCAACGGAGAGACACGCACCGUCAACUGCGAGAUCGGGUCGUUGGUGCACCCCCGCCUGGCCGUGUGGGUGACGAAGAAGUACAUCUAAGGAGGACGUGAAGGGAAGGAAGGAAGGGACAAGGAUCCCGGGUCGUAUGGUGUACCAAGGAGAGAGAGAAAGAGAGAGCGAGAAGAAAGAGAGGAAGAAUAGAGGGAAGGAGAAAGAGGAAGAGGAAGAGUGUAAGGGAAAUAGAGAGGAGAGAGAAAGAGAAAGAGGAGGAAAUAGAAAGAAGGUGGAUAUUGAAAACAAAAAGACGUAUGAAUUACCUUUGUGCUUCUAUUCAUACGAAAGACCGUCUCUGUACAAGGAACACCAAGACACUGAUUCAUCACGUAUAUGUGCAGAUUUAAAAGAAAAAGAAAUAUAUAGCUCACAAAGCAGCUCAAACUCUCCCUCUUUAGGCCGUAAAUACUAUAAGGACCCUUACUUAAAAGUAUCAGUAUAAGGAAGAAAAACAACAUUCUAAUCGUUACUAUUUAUUCACUUAUUUAUUUAGAGAAUGUUCUUUAUUCAUGUAUUUUGGUCGUAGACAUACCCAUAGCAGAGGAGGGGAGUAUGAUAUUGAAGACAUAUCUUUCUAAUAUAAUAUAAUCAGUAGUCUGUUUAUUUAUUUAUUUUCUGUUUAUUCAUUAUUAUUAUUUUCAACAUUCCACCUGUUGGUAAUCAAGAACGGGUAUGUCGGAUCAGGUAAAUCAAUCACGUGACCUAGACAGCGGUAAUUAGCGUAUAUAAUAAAUCACUGGUGAUCUCAUUAAUCUAUUCUACUUAGAGAGAACAUUAUGAAAUUUUUAAAAAGUGUUCUUUUUAUUAUUAGUUUUAACUACGUAUUUAUAGAGAUUAUUUAAUGAUUCCAAUUUUCACAAGAGUGGGGGAAACUAUAUCAUCUAGUUUUCGUAACUCAAAAACGAAAAAAAUAAAAGAAAGAAUCUAGGAUAAGACUCAGAAUAGAAGUGAAUGUAAACACACUAUCAUGCAAGCUUGCAAACAUGUGCAAUAGCAGUCACGUAGCGAUGUUGCAAAGGCGUAACUAGAAGAUGUUGAACAAUUUGAAUGCUCUGUGUAUCACUUCCAUUAUUCAUUAAAAAAUACUUUCUUUUUUUAAAGCACUAUGCUUCAUGGUAACAAAAGUACUAGUCAUAAAUAUAAUGAUUGGCAAAUCCCGUUCUUUUUUCAUCGGGGAUUUAUUAAAAUGUAGAAGAAAAACAUUUAAAUCGACUAAGCUCUUACAAUGAAACUGACCAGGAUGGGGAAAGUCAUUCUUUUGCUUUCAUUUUGAUCAUUACUCAUGGCUAGAUUAAGCAAUUAAUUUCUUUAAAGUACGACAAAGAUACAAUAUAUAUUGGCUAUCAUUCAUAUCUUCCCAGAGUGAAAUAAAUAAUGAAUGUUUUACUAACAUAUCUAAUCACCGAUUCUUGAAAUCUUGUAUCAACUGUGAAAAAAUCAACAUCUUCUAAUGAUGAUUAUUAGUAUCUUGAUUAAAUGAUUCCCACUCCUGAUCAGUUCUCGGUAAAGAUUACACAUAAAGUUAUUAUGUGCCACAGUUAGCUUAGCCUUGCACUUUUGCACAAACCAAAAAAGCAGGAGAUGAAAAAAAAUGUUUUUCAUUUUUAUUUCUGAUUAUCCUUUCGAAAAAGAUAAAUAAUCUAGUCAUAUUAUUCAUGGUCUUUAGAAUAAGAGCUACUACUACUGACACAUUCCCUCCACGUGCGCGCAGAACAAGGAGAGCUCGGUGGCGUGAGGGAGGAAGCAAGCAAGCAGGAAGCAAAUUAGAGGCGAUUUCUCUCCCCCUCCCCGCCCCCACCACGGAUUCUGAACUCGUCUCAUUUCAUGAAUUCUCAAGCUUUAUAUGGGGCUUUUCACCUGUUGAAUUUAUUGGGAGUUUCUCACCUGUAGGAUUUAUGGGGAGGUUUCACCUAUGGAAUUUAUGGGGGUGUAUUACCUGUAGAAUUUACGGGUUGUUCUCACCUGUAGAAUUUUAUGAGGGGUUACCACCUGCAGAUUUUGUUUCUUACCUGUGGAAAUUAUGGGAUUCUGACCUGCAGACUUAUGGGAUUUCUCACCUGUAAAAUUUAUUGGGGUUUGUCACGUAGAUUUUUGUGGGGGGUUGUUACCCGUAGAAUUUAUGGGAUUCUAACCUGUAGACUUAGCGGGAUUUCUCACUUGUGCAUUGUACGGGCCUUCCCACCUUCCCUAUCUUCAUCCCCAAACUUCUCACCCCCAUAUCUUCCUUGCGCGAGUAAUGAAAGCAAUGUUCUUGAAAUAUCCGUUGUGCAGAACUACCUUUGAAGUAACAGCCUGUACUUCUUGCAUGUGCUAAUUCUGCAAAGAAGGAAGAUUAACCAGCUAAUCAAAAUUUCCUCCUUUUUGACCCGCGAGAGACAAGUGGCAGCGUCUUGAAGGUAAAGCUUGGGGUUCCUGAAGUGUUAUGGGUUUCUGUCAACACAACACACUUGGAAACAUGGAGGAUUUGCAAGAGGGAGUGAGACUGGCAUUUCCGUGGCCAAGAAAGAAAGAGAGAGAGAUACAGAAAUUAAGAAAGAAAACAGAAAAAAAGAAUAAACUUUAUUCCUUUCCUCCUUGUCUUACACUGUCCCCUCCCCACCCAACCCUCCCCAACACCUAACGCCCCACCAUAUAGCUUAGGUGUAAAGUCUAUAUAAACAAAGGAUAGCGUUCGACCCUCUCUGUGCCCCGCUAGUGCUGAGCUCACUGCCUCUUUCAUGAAUAGAAUAAACCUUAAACCUGUUUAUUGCCUUACAAAUACAGGCUUGUGUUUGUAUGUAACUACAUCUUGUAUAUUGAUGUCUGUAUUAAAGAAGAAAAUGUAAUUCAUUGACUAGUGUGGAGUAGCUUGAGUAUUUUAAGGGAUAUUAGUGUAAGGAUAGUUGCAUUACGGUAUAUUGUAAUCUCAUCUGGAGAGGAAAAAAGAUCCACUGUGUAUAUGUACUCCAUUGCUGUUUCGGAAUAGUUUAGGAUAAAGCAUUAAGUAUAAAUGUAAAUAAUAACAAUCCCCUUUCUAAAUGUAGCUUCUGCCUUCCAAAAUUAAACUUUUAGAUUGUAGUACAGUAUCUUUAUUUUGUUUAAAAGAAAUGAAAAAGAAAAACUGAUUCCUAGACUAGCAGAGCCACAGAUCAUCAGAAGACGAGUAUCACCGGAUCUGGAUUUUAUAUAUCUAUUGACAGUACAUGGAUGUCUGUAGCACUCGACCGCCAUGGGCAGUGAACUAUGCUGAUGUUGAUCCACAUAUCAGUGGUGUGACACUUUUAACCAAGCCUGUCUCAAGGGGCGGAUCUAUUCUGACAUCCGAUCCCCAAUUAUCUCUCUAUCCAGUACAGAUUUCUGCAUGAGCUAGACCUUUCUCCAAUCACUUCCGGAUUGGGUGAAUCUGAGAGCAUCCGUUUUCCAAAUGAGUUGUGGAAUUGUGUAUACAGUAAGGAUGAACGAUCUCAAAAUCGUAUUUCUUACGGUUUGUAUAGAAAUUGAAUAAAAACAAUGGUCUUUCCAGACUCACUACCAAAUAAGGUAUGGAUUACACACACACUCAUAAAAGUGAGAGCUUAACAAAAAAGGAAUUAGAUAAAAACUUGAAGAGCUAGACACAAACAGUAGAACAAAGACGAGAUAGAGAGAGAAAGGAGAGGUUUUCCAAUAGAAAUAGAUAUACCACAAGGAUCCCGACAUUCUGACAGGAGUACUUGCGCUGGAAGAAUGAGAGCUGUCUAUGUUUCAAGGACGUAGUGAUUGUGUCACUUAUCAGACAAAACUAGGCUUGUGCUUUAGAAGAUUAUGUGCAGCUGAAGCUUGUAAAUUAGUGUGAGCACAAAAGGGGUUUUUGUGUAUAUUCUCAUCCCCUUCCACUCGUGUGUGCGACUUUCUUUCUACGAAAAAGAAUUACUGUAUAUCCGGUCUCUUUAUGUUAUAUUUCAGUCCUCUUAAACUGGUCACUUGGAAAGAAAUUGUAACAGAUCGAGUACCUCGUCUCAUUUAAAAGAUACGUGUACCAAAACCCAAGUCGGUGUCUUUUGUUUUCGAAAAAAAGAAAGAAAUAGAGAAAUUGAGUCUCGUACCGUACUUUUCGGUGCUUUUUAUUCAAGAGUGCUCAUCCAAGCAUGGUUUCUAGACAGGCCGAAAUUCUUCAUUAGUCCUGAAGUAUGUCGCACUACACUUCACGAUAGUUCUCACAUACGCAAAACCUCAAAGACAGGUCAAGACAGCGUAAAGUAACUUCAGCAACGGCACAUCUAUGACGAUAUUUUUUUUAUGUUACAGUAGGAUCACAGAGGAAUAUCAUUGAGUACUUUUUUCCCCAUGUAACAGUAGUUAAUGUUCCUUAUUAGUCCUACACCUUAAAACAAAGAAGGGAAUAUAAAAUAUCACUACUUAAUAAGUCAAAAGAUAUAUAUAUAUAUAUUAUCUGCUGAACAUGUGGAAAAGGUUAUAUGUGUUUCAGUUUAUUUUUUUACCAGAUGCUAGGUUAUGCCUACCUUUUCAACUUUCUGAUAUCAUUCUGUUCACGACGAACGUGAAAGCACUGUACAAGGGCUUGGGACUUGUAAAAUACUUUUGUAACUUGUCUUGCCAGAAUUUUUUUUUUUCGAUUUAUCACAAGAAAAACAGGAGAGGAGGAUCUUGUAGGAUGUAAGACAAUAAGAUAAUAAUAAUGAUAAAAAACACUUGAAUUCACAGUGUCACCGUAAUUGGCUUUUACUAAGAACUGUAUUUGAUUUUGUGUGCAUUAUUACAAUCGUAAGAACUUGGAAGUACUUGUAAGUUUCAGUAAUGCAUGGAGACUGUAUGAAGUCCUUUUAAUGAAACAUGUUGCUUAUUUCAGAGAACAAGAAUGUCGUAAAACUGAGUGAACACAAUCUAAGCCUAAAACAAUGGUAAGGAGAAACUUUACGUGCAUAAUGAAUGGAAUACAUCCGGAACACCAAAUUUUAAAAUCUUUUUAGCAUUGUUGGAUAUGUUUUUGAUUAUAGAAAGUCAAAAGAUAUAACUUGUCUGUAUCGAGUUGAAAAAAUUACUGGAAAUUUAAGUAAAAA